AUGGCCAGAGUAUUCAACCAGCUCCCUGAGCUGAAAGGAUGUGACAGCUCCUUCUAUGGCUCCAGCCCUUGUCCCUUCCCCAGGAAUCGUUCUCUGCCGGAGUUGGACAGCCAUUGGAAGGCCAUUGACGAAGUCGACUCAGUGGCUUUAAGGUGGGCUGCAGAGGUGCCUCAAGGGGAGACAAGAAGGGGGAUGAACCGGCUUGCCAAAUCGUUCACGGACAUUGACUUUAUGAGGAUGCUGAACAGUGCCCUGGUGGAAGAUCCCGUAUCCUUCAGCAACAACUCCUUCACGCAUGCAGAGACCUUCAUCUACAAAUACACCCGCUCCAAGCUGUACACAGUCCAAGAUGAGGAACACAAGAGUUUUGUCCUGUGGCGUCACACCGGCCAGGCCCAGCUGAUGGCGGUGCAUUUACAAGGCCCCAAUAGCAGUGAAGCAGUGAAAUUAAACCUGGAUUUAUAUCGCUCCCCACACAUCUCCCCAAAGCGCAUCAGUCCUGUUGCUAUGAACAUUGUGGAAAGCAACGCUUCGGAAAACAAUCUGUAUCUGUGCUGUGUGAAGGAUAAAGGCAGCCCUGUGCUGCAGCUGGAGAAGGUGAAGGGGCCUAUGAAAGACAUCAGGACCGAGGAUCAGAAGCGUUUCAUCUUUUUCAAGACCAUUUCUGGUUCCACUUGCAGCUUUGAAUCAGCUGCCCAUCCAGGCUGGUUCCUCAGCACCUCAAAACUGAACGACAAACCUGUCAGGAUGGUGAAUCAAACCGGAGAGCGGGCCAUCACUGAUUUUUAUUUCAUUGAAAUCUAAUCCCUAGCCAGCAGUUACUGGUUUAGAACUAAA